AUGUAUGCGGCAUCCCAUGCGAGCGCUAAGCGCUUGAGCACAUGCUUAUGGACUCGAAGGAGUGUCCAUAACUAUGUGCGAGCCCGCUCUGGGACGGGCGUGCAUGCCCGCAUUCCACUGCUCGCCGGUGUGACGUUUGGCGCAGAAAUGAGUCGCGGCGACCGUGCCAAGCAAGAGGAUGCCAUGUCUGUCGCAUGCGUGACGCUGCCGUGCGAGCAGCUUCGACAGAACAUUUUGCUUCAUGUACAGAGCGGUGCCACACGGGAUCCUUGGUUUGGAUGGACGUGCGACGAGGCUGGCGGGGCCGAACUGGCGGCACAGGUCGUGUGGUUUGGCUGCUUCGAUGGGCACGGCGGCCCGCAGGUAUCGCAGCUAUUAAAGGAAAAGUUGCACUAUGUGUUUGAGGCGGCCGAUCCAAGCAUGGUGCAGGACACGGUGCAAUACACACGCUCCAUUGGCGGCUACUUUGGCAGGUUCCAAGGCGGCGCUAUGGAGCGGUGGGUUCAGCCAGAGCUGCUCGCACGUCCGCCACCAGCUGCACGCACACAGGAAAAGGCACGCACGUUGUCGGAGCUAGCCCAAUUCGUGCACGGCAAGUCGUCCGAUGAUAUGGUGGAGGCGGAGUCGACGACGUCGACCUCUACGUCAGCUACGUCUUCGACGACAUCGGCGACAUCGACGGCUAGGUCAGUCGAUUUGGAGCGGUACAUGGCGCUGGACGAUGAUAUAGGACCGCAGGGCGCAGGCAUACCAGUCCGCCACACGAAACGGCACGACGUUUCCCAUAUGAAGCAAGCGUGCAUGACAAUGGAAGAGCGUGCGACACUUGCGUGGCUCAUGAUGGACCGAGAGGUGCAGGAGAAUGAAGAGUACCUGGGCGCUGGCUCGACUGCAUCCGUCCUCUUGCUGCACAGCUUGGAUGUACCGACGCAGCCGUGGUACUCGAGUGAAUACCUCGCGCUAACGACGAUCCAGUUGGGUGACACACGCUUCGUACUGUGCGAUGCCGAGACAGGACAAGCACAUCCGCUCACGCAACUGCAUCAUCCAGACGAGCCGACGGAGCUGGAGCGACUGAGUCGGCAGGGAGCGGGUGUCGUGACGGACAGUUUUGGCGAGGUGCGCUUCAUGGGCACACUGGCCAAUACGCGGUCGUUCGGCGAUACCCAGACCAAACGGUAUGGGAUGACAGCUGAGCCUGACGUACACACACACAUACUGCGAGGCUCGAGCUUUGCAUUUGUCGUGGGCUUUAGCGAUGGUAUUAGCGGCGUCAUGUCGGACCAGGAGGUCGUUGAUGAAUGCCGCGGCGCAAGGCAUCCGCAAGAUGCGGCGCGGCGAGUAAUGAAAUAUGCGGACGAUCUGGGCAGUGAUGACAAUGCCACAGUGAUAUGUGUUCCGCUCAAGGGCUGGGACAAAAGAGACACGGCUCACGACCAUACAUGUUCUCUUCGUAAUGAGCGUCGAUCUACGACGGAUCUAUACCGGAAUCGACGAAAAUAA